UCAGUCUUUCUACUACUGCAGUGUAUGAGGUUUUCUUGAAUAAGAAAUAAACGCGAAGACGACGACGACAACUAAAGGAAAAUUUAUUUAAUUGGAAUUACACGACAAUUACCUUGGAAAUAAACUAGAAUAAAAGCGCAAGCAACGUUACUAAACAAAAUUAGUUCAUUUGUGAUAUUAAGUGUAGAACGUUAGUGGAAUUGGAGACAAUAAUCGAACCUGUGAAGUGAUAAAGGAUACCGAUGAAUAGUGAACGAUUGUGUGGUGACCCAAAUCAAUAGAAAGGAUUAUCGGGACUCAGUUGGAACUAAAGUGGAUGAGAAUAGACUUGGAUAAUAAUUUUGAAAAAAAAAAGAUACAACCGAACUUUUUUAGUUCUUCUUUGAAAGGGUGCUCAAAUUUCUGUGCUACAUCUAUCGCUCCUCACUUUUACCGAAGCGAUGGUGUGAAGCAGUGAGACCUGGGACAGUUUGAAACUAAAAAGAUUGAAAUGAAGAACUACCACUAAGUGUUCUCUAGCCUCGCAAGCGAUUAAUCGAAAGUGGGUCAAGUACAGUUCAAAUUUAAACGAUCGAAUAAUCCCUCGGUGUGUGCUGUGUAUUUUCGGGAAGUCUCUCUCAAAUUCUUCGAAGUAAUGAUCACUGAUUGAUCAAGAACUACUAUUCAAGGAGAAUUUUUAGUAACGAAACUUCAGGCUGUUAACGCUUGAACAAUUCUGAUAUUGCGCUUUUAGGAGAUAGUUUUUUUUCCAAAAUAUUAUCACAUAAUAGACAAAAUUAAUAUUUCGUGAUUAUUGGAUAUUGAAGAUAAAAAAUAAAUUUAUUCAAAUUUAAACGUAAGACGUCAAAGGAGUCAAUUCGAUUUUGAUAAUAAUAACGUAAAAUUGUAAUAAACGACUAAAAAAUUCCACGAAAAUAUAAAAUAAAAUCCUUUAAAUAAAUUGCCUGAAAUAAACGUAAAUAAAGUAUAAAGAAGUCAACACAAUGGCAGAAAAAAUUGAUAAUAAUGCGCCGUUGAAAUGCACUGCAGGCUUGUCGUCAACCCCUUGUUCUGAUAUUAAUAGCGAUUGCCAAAAUUGCCGAACGGGAGAGAAAAUCCAAGAUGCAAAACAACAAGAACAACUUGAACCUGACCAACCGAAGCAGCUUCUAACACCAUCGAUUGCCAUCCCGUUACCCCCACCCCCUUCCUUGGUAACCUGCAGUCCGUUGGAAAUGCCACCAGUACCGCCAAAUACUGUGGAAAGUGAAAGUCAAACGGACUCUUUAGAUGAAGGGAUCGAUACAAAUGAUUGCUGCAAUAAUAUGGCCUGUGAUCAAGUAGCACAUGAUAAUGGAGUUCCUGAAUCAAACCCUUCAGUAUCAUGUGAUAAGUAUGCAUCAAACGAGCAAAGUUAUGAUAAUAAGCAGAAACUGCAGGUAAUGUGCCAUCCGAUCUCUUCCAUCAUCCCUAGAAUGAAUAGUGAGGACCAACAACUUGAUGAUAUGACUGUUAGCCCUGAGUUCAUUAAUGAAGCAGAAGUUUCCUAUGUGGAAAUUCAUGACAAGCUGAUUGAUCGUGAUGCACUGGAGGCUGCGGCUGAUUCUUCCGAGUCCGAGGAAGACGAUCAACUGAAGCCCCUCAUGGUCGACAACCACCAGGAAUGCUAUUUGGCUAAAAGGCAGAUUCAACAGAUCAUACAACAGAAUAGCAUUUUGAUGAAAGAACUGAAUAGCUCAACUGAAAGUGAUGGUCCUCGAAGUGAUCGUUCCUACUCACAGCAAUUGUGCAACAGGCAAACCCCGUACCUAACCGAAAGUGCCUGUGAAAGUCCGGACCUACAGUCCUCAGAUGAUGCAACUAGUAAGGAUCAUAGGUCUAAUUCCAUUGGGCAGUUACAAGACGGAGAAAAAGAAAUUGACAGCCUAAGUCCUGAUGAAAUACCUGAUGAUCAGAUGGCCGAGGAGAUCACGGAACAGGUGGAAUUUUACUUUUCCAAUGACAAUAUCUUGAAGGAUGCCUUUCUACUCAAACAUGUACGUCGUAACAAGGAAGGUUUCGUUAGUCUAAAACUUGUCUCCAGUUUCAAACGAGUCCGUCAAUUGACAAAGGAUUGGCGAGUUGUAGGACAUGCAUUACGCCGAAAGAGUCGAAAGAUUGAACUUAACGAAUUAGGAACGAAAAUACGUCGCAGAGAACCCUUGCCCACAUUUGAUGAAACCAUGCCAUCACGAACAAUUGUCGCAUGCGAUUUACCUGUGGAUAAGCUAUGCAUUGAAAAAGUUUCCGAUAUUUUCUCUAAAUGCGGUGAAAUCGCAUUGAUUCGUAUCCUCCGUCCAGGUGCAGGUAUUCCGGUAGAUGUUCGUCAGUUUAUGAAUAAAUAUCCGGAGUUACAGGCCAAAGAUUGUGCACUGGUUGAAUUCGUCGAGUCCCAGUCGGCUCGAAAUGCUAAGGAUCUGGAAGGACCGUUCAAGGUCUUUGAAAUGGUCGCUCCUAAGAAGAAGACUGGUAAGAAAGCCAUUACUGUAACUAAACUAAUUGAGAAUUAUAAAUAUAACGAUAAUAACUACGAGAGAAAUCGCGGUGGGAUCAUGAUCCCUCAACCGCAGACGAUUGAAAACGAUCUAAAAUACAAGUUGCGUCGUAACAACUCCGAUUUCUAUGUGAAGCCGGAACAUGCCCAUAUUUGUACGCAACGAAAAUAUUCGUAUAACCCGAACAACGCCAACAAUAAUAUGAGCCAUGCUACUGGCAAUAUGUACAACCAUCCCCAUGGAGUUGAACAACCUACUUUUAUUCACUAUCCGCGCCGAGCCAGCAACUUUUCGAUUGCCAGUAGUGAAAGUAUGUCGCGCAAGUAUUCAUCCUGUUCAGAAGGAUAUUCCAGUUGUUCCGACUACUCUCGACGCCCCUCCGGGGCCUCCUCGUCUGGUGAUUCCAGACGCGGUUCUAACUGUUCUGACUAUUGCCCUUGCUCGCGUCGCGGCUCCCAAUGCAGCACCAAUAUCGUGGGCAGCCCAAAUAUGACCCUCUACAACAAUGAUUUGCUCCUUCGAAGGAUGUCGUCUUUAUCAUCAUCUUCCCAACAACAUGGCGGCGUUCCAAUUGGUCCUGAAUACAAUAACGACAUGGGCCGCAGGAUAUCAACUGAUAUAAACGGUGGCGGCAGCGAUCGUAAACUUUCGACCGGAUCAAAUGGGAGUGGGGAUCGGGCUAUUAUUCAUGAUUCAUGCCGAAAAUUUUCCAAUGGAUUCGAUCCGAACCGAAAGCUAUCGAAUAGUGAUCAGUACUUUAAUGGUAGACGAUUGUCUUCCGAUUCAGGAUAUGAUAGAAGGAUGUCUUUCGGUUCGGAUUAUGGAAGUUCACCGAGAUCACGUAGUGGAAGUUUUUUAACUUGCCAACAUAAGAAUUCGGAAACAGUCGUUCGAACCCCAAUUGGGCCCGAUGGAAGCAAGGGAUUCGCCUCGCGAGCACGUAAAGUUGGGCAAAUAGUAUCACCUGUGUAAAUUUACAGGGAAAUAGCAAGCAAUUUUUGACAGAACAGCGGAAACUACCAUGAAAAAUAGGGAAAAAGGAGAGAAUUGUAUGGGACAACGUUUUGGUUUGUUAAUAUUUAACAACAUUAUUUUUUUAAAAUUAAUUAGGCCAAUUUACCUUAAUUUCGUCCAUUAUUUUUGAUUUUUUAUAAUUUGCUUUACUCGAAUUUCUAAUUUGCUUUAUACAGUUAUAGAUAUCUUUCAUAUUUAUUGGAUAAUUUUAGAUACAAAUGCAAGGCUUCGUCCUUAUUUGUAAAUACAUUUCAACGUGUCCCCCCUGUCAUCUCUACUUAAAUUUUUACAAAGAUUUUGUAAUAUUUUACAAAGUUGUAUAUUGAGUAGUUUAUUGUUAAUUAAUUUAUAUGAAAUUUUUCAAAUAUUUAUCGAAAAAAUGUACACGAAUCCAUAUACAGUUUUAAGACAAUAAAAAGAUGAAAAUCGCGUGUGAUGAAAAUUGAAAAUUUCUAAUUGUUAGUAUCGUGUCCAUAAUAGUUUUUAAUUGAACAACACCAAGUACUUGUUUGUUGUUGAUCUAUUAUUAUAUAUGUAUUGAUAUUAUAUAGAUUUUUAAAUAAAAAAAAAA